AUGAUUUUUAAAAUACUUGCAUCUGGCUUUUUAUUUAAUAAAGAAGCAUAUUUGAGGGAUAUUUGGAAUAUUUUAGAUUUUAUUAUUGUCGGAACUGGAUAUAUUCCAUAUAUAUUAACGUCAAAUUAAGGUGUUAAUCUUUCUUCUUUAAGAUCUUUGAGAAUUUUGAGACCUUUGAGAACUAUAUCUACUAUAAAAAGCUUAAGAAAUAUAUUAAAUAGUCUUUUUUCUGCUGUAAAUUUGUUAAAGAAUUCUAUUGUUGUUUUACUUUUUUUUUACAUCAUAUUUGCCAUAGGUGGCUUAUAAUUAUUUAGUGGAAUUUUAAAAAAAAGAUGCAUUGAAAAAGAAACAGGAAUAGAACUAUAUAUUAAUGAAAAUUUAAAUUUUUCGUUUUGUGCGCAUUCUAAUGACUGUGUUAAAUAUGAUAAUACCAAAGAAUAUAUUUGCGGAAAAUUAAUUAGUAAUCCGUGUAAUGACAUUGUAAAUUUUGACACUUUUGGGUGGUCUUUUUUGACUGUGUUUUAAAUUGUUACUAUGGAGGGUUGGAGUGAUAUAUUAAAUGGGGUUUAGAAAACUUUCUCUGCAUGGGCAAUUAUUUAUUUCCUAUUAGUGAUUUUUAUUGGGUCGUUUUUUUUAACGAAUUUAACAUUAGCAAUUAUUACAGUUAAAUAUAAUUAAGAAUCAAAAAAAGUGGAAAAUAAAUUAGAAGAUUAAUAGGAUAUUAAAAGUUAUGAUUUGCAUAUUUUUUUAAAUAGAGAAAGCAAUAUUUAUUAAAAAAAAAAUUAAAGUUUUAGUUUUUUAAAAAAAGAUUGUACUUUAAAUAAUAAUAAAUAAAUAAGUAAUAAAAAUAUGAAAAAUAUUUAAAACUAAAACAAUAAUUAAAAUAUAUAAAAAUAAUAAAGCAACAUAUAUAUAAAUAAUAAAGAAGAUAAUGUUUCUAUUUUUUCAUUAAAUGAAAAAAAUUAAAUAUAAUAAUAUUUUAUAGAUUUUGACUUUAAAGAGGAUAUUUAAUUGGAAUAAAAUGCAAUUAAUUAUAAAAUAAAAAAUAAUAAAAAAAAAAUUGAGAAUAAUAAUGACAAUUUAUAAAAAUAAAGAAAAAAUAAAAAAUUAAAAAAAUAAUAAUAAUAACAAUAAUAAUAAAAAUUAUAAUAAUCAUAAUAAUAAAGAUAAUAAAAUAGAUAAUUAACUAUUUCAAAAAACAUAAACAAUUAAUAUCAAAAUAUAGUAAACGAUGAAGAUUUUGAAGCAGAUACAUUCAAUCCUUUAUUUAUGAAGGCCCAUGUUAAAAAUGAUUUUUAUCUAGACAUUUAUUACGAUGAUGUUUUGCCUAAAAAGAAAAAUCAACAAAAGGAAAUUUAAAAAUAGUUAUAAUUUUAGAAAAUCAAAAAUAUAAGAUUUCUUAUUUACUAUAUGCAGGUUAAAAAGAAAAUUUAAAAAACCAAAAAAUAACCCAAUUUAAAAUAACAAUAUAAAGUUAUUCCUUUAAGAGUAAAUAUUAGAAUGAUUUAAAUGCAAGAAACUUAUAAAAAAAACAAUGAUUUUCAAAAUUAAUAUUUUGAUGAUGAUUCUAUUAAAUAAUGCUUUGAUAAUAACCAAAAUAAAAAUAAUAAUAAUGAUUUUUUAAGUUUUAAAAAAGUAAUAAACUUUAUAAAUUAAAAUUCAAAAAGUAAUAACUAAGUUUUAGUAAAAUAAGAAAUUUAAAAUUUAAAUAAAUAAGAUAAUUCAUUAAAAAAUAACUUUUCUAAUAAAAAAAAUAAACUUUUUAAGAAAUCGAGUAAGGUUACAAGUAAGUCUAAUUAUGAUUAUCCGAUUUAAAUAUGGGAUUUGUAAAAAGCCAAAGAAUUAAUAUUCUAAACCAAUAAAUUUAUCUAAAUAAAUACUAAUCAUCUAAAUAAUAAAAACUUUUAAAAUAAAGAUUAAAAUAGUUAUUCAUAAGAUACUAUAUUUACAUAUAAUAGUUAAUUAAGUAUAAUAAACAAAAAAAAUAAUUUGAAUUCUAAUAAAUAAAAAGCUAAUGAAAAUGAAACCGAUUUAACAGAAUUGGAAAAUAUAAAAUUUAUUUAAGAACCCAUUGAAAUGGAAUAUACAAAACAAAGAAAACAAUAAAUAGAAAAUGCUGAAAAAAAUUUUGAUUAUAAACUUGAAUGUUAAUGGUCUCUUGAGGAAGUAUUGAUUUAGUCUUCUUUGAAUAAAUCUUAAAAUUAAUUCGAACUAAUCCUAUAAUCUAUAACCCACAAAAAUUAAGAUGUUGAACUUUAUGAAGCCGGUUUAUUCGGAAUUUUAUGUGCCUUAAGAAGACUUAUUAAAAAUAUCGUAUUAUCAAAACAUUUUGAUAAUUUUAUAAUGCUAUGUGUAGUUAUAAAUACCAUAGUACUCACACUCGAUGGUGUAUUAAGUGAAUAAGGGGAAAAAAUUUUAAAUUAAUUUAAUUUUUCUUUUACUAUAAUUUUCACAAUAGAUAUGUGUUUAAAGCUAUUAGGAGAAGGUAUAUUAGAAUAUAUAAGUGAUAGAAUGAAUAUUUUCGAUGCAAUAAUAGUUUGCUUAAGUUUGAUUGAAUUAUUAAUGUUGAAUGGAGAAGUUGUAGGAGGUUCAAGUAAGUUUACAGCUUUUAAAAGUAUAAGAAUUUUAAGGGUUUUUCGUGUUUUGAGAGUUGCAAGGCUUGUGAGGAGUUUAUAGUUUAUGAAAAUAAUGAUGGCGGCUAUAGCGAGUAAUAUAUCAAGUUUUAUUUAUAUUCUUUUGUUGCUUUUUUUAUUUAUAUUCAUUUAUUCUUUACUCGGAAUGUAGAUUUUUGGAGGAAGUUUUGAUAUAUAAAAAAGUGGAAGAAUGAAUUUCAAUAAUUUUUUUGAAGCUACAUUGAGUGUCUUCUAAUUGAUGACGAUUGAAAAUUGGAAUGAUGUGGAGGUUUCGUGUCUUACUUCUAGUGCUAAUAUUGGGAUUUCUCUAUUGUUUUUAAUUAGUUGGAUAUUCAUAGGAAAUUAUGUGCUUUUGAAUUUACUUUUGGCUAUUGUCAUGGAUUCUUUCAAUUAAGAAGAACUAAAAGAAGAAACUGAAGAAUAUCUUUAAGGAAUUGAAGUGGGAUAAAAUAUAGAUUUUAAUAAUCUGACUGAUGAGGCUAUCUAUUAGAAUUAAACUAUAACUAAUUUAAAUUAUUCAGCUUUUUAAUAAUCUUUUGGAUAAAAUACAAUAGCAAAUAUUAAGAAUAUGUUAAUAAAUGAAGAAAAGUUUUAUAAAAGGUAGCAAUCUAUAGAUGAAGAUGAUUAUGGGCAUUUAUAAUAAUUAUAAGAUAUUAAUAAUAAUAAUUAUAAAUUUAAUAGUUAAAAUAAAUAAGAUUUCUAUGAUAUUGAAUGUGAAAAUGCUUUUUUUAUUUUCAGUUAAUAAAAUCAUUUCAGAAUUCUAUGCUAUAAAAUUGUAAAACAUCCAAAAUUUGAAACUGUUAUUUUAAUUGCUAUAUUUUAAACUUCUAUAAAACUUGUAAUUGAUACAUAUUUUGAUAAUUCUAAUCCUUAAGAUUUAUAAUAAGUAUAUAUAUCAUAAAAAAUUGAUAUUAUUUUUACUGUAUUUUUCACCUUAGAAGCUUUCUUGAAAGCAAUAUCAUUUGGUUUUUUAUUUAAUAAGAAUUCCUAUUUAAGAGAAGAGUGGUCAUAAUUGGAUUUUUUCAUAGUAAUUUCAAGCAUUAUAGACAUUAGUGUAGAAUCCAUAAACUUAAGUGUAGUAAAAAUAUUAAGGCUUUUGCGAACUUUAAGGCCUUUAAGAUUUAUUUCCCAUAAUAGAUCUAUGAAACUAAUUGUAACAGCUUUAUUGGAGUCUAUAGGAGGUAUUUUUAAUGUAAUAAUAGUCCUUUUGUUGGUUUGGAUUAUGUUUGCAAUUUUGGCUAUUAAUUUAAUGAAAGGUAAACUUUAUUAUUGCAAUUUUCCCAAAAAUUAUAACGUAUUAAAUAAUUCUAUAUAUGAAAUACACAAAAAUCAGUGUGAAUAAAUAGAGGGUGCUUAAUGGAUGGUACGAGAUAUUAAUUUUGAUAAUAUAGGAAGUGGUAUGUUGACGUUGUUUGUGCUUUCAACUAUAGAAGGAUGGCCUAAUUAUUUAUUUUAUUUUAUAGAUUCAGAUGAAAAUGGGCCUUUAAAGAACAAUAGUUUUUAUUUUGCGCUUUAUUUUGCCGUUUUUAUACUUAUAGGAAGUCUUUUUUUAUUAAACUUGUUCGUAGCUAUUAUGUCUUUUAAUUAUAAUUUAGCAGCAAAAAAGUCUAAGAAUGCUUUCUUAACAGAUGGGUAAGCUUAAUGGAUUGAAUUAUAGAGACUUUUAGUCAAAAGCACAUUAGAUUAUUUAAGUAUAAAACCUCCAGAUAAUAAGUAUUAGCUUUUAGUCUGGAGUUUUUGUGAAAAUAAAUAUUUGGAAAGUGUGAUUAUGGUGUUUAUUAUUUUAAAUAUUAUCACUAUGGCAAUGGUUUAUGAGAAUUAGAAUGUUUAAUAUGAAUAUAUUUUAAAUACUAUUAAUACUUUUUUUACAAGUGCAUUUAUCAUGGAGGCUCUUUUAAAAAUUAUAGCUUAUGGAAUUAGAGGAUAUUUUUAUAAAGGUUGGAAUUAGUUUGAUUUUUUUGUAGUUAUGACUAGUAUUUUGGAUAUUAUAAUGAGCUUUAUAGGAAAUAAUUUUAUAAAUUUUUUAAUGGUAAGAAGUUAAAUUGCGAGAGUUUUUAGAGUUUUAAAAGUAUCAAGAUUAUUUAGAUUGAUAAAACGAUUUUAGGAUUUAUAGAAACUUAUAUAAACGGCGAUUUAUUCAUUACCUUCUUUAUUAAAUGUAACAUCGUUAUUGUUUUUAGUUUAUUUUAUAUUUGCAAUUUUAGCUAAUUUUAUGUUUGGAAAUAUAAAAGAAGGGACAAUUAUUACUAGUAAUAGAAAUUUUUCUAAUUUUCAUUAAUCGAUAAAUUUGUUAUUUAUAUGUAGUACUGGUGAAAACUGGUAUUUAUAUAUGUUUGAUUGCAUUAAUUAAGGAAAUAAUUGGGCAAUAUUAUUUUUUGUUAUUUAUAUAAUAAUUGUCUAGUUUGUUAUGAUGAAUUUGUUUGUACUUAUUAUUAUUGAUUAGUUUGAAUAAAAUUAUAUAAACACAGAAAAUCCAUUAAAUGAAUUUUAAGAAUUUGAGGAAAAUUUUAAAACAGUUUGGGUUAAAUAUACGAAAUAAAACAAUGGAAUUAAAAUAAAUUAAAGGUUUUUAACUGAUUUUUAUUUGGAAUUGAAAGGGCCUUAAGGGUUUGAUAUUGAGGAGAAGAAAAAUUAAUUCAGAGAUAAAAUAAAAGAACAUCAAAAAAAUAUAAAAUAAGAAGAACUGGAAGCCAAGAUAGAAAAAUUUAAAGUUUAAUAGAAAUAAAUUGCUGCCAAAAAUAUAAUGUAAAUGAAUAUUUUGUAUGAUUAUGAAGAUGGAUAUGUUUACUAUAAUGAACUUAUGUUUUUUAUCUAAAAAUACGCACUAAAUAAUUUUAUUUUUGAUAUAGAAAACUAAGAAAAAAUACUAAUAAAUAAAGAAUACGCAAAUAAAUAUAUAAAAGGAAUUGAAUUGAUAAAAAAAUAAGAAAAAUCAACUUUUAAAAAAAUUUAUUUUAAUAAAAAAAAAGUAAAUAUAAAUAUGUAUUAUAAUAAAUAUAUAUAUAUAUAUAUAUAUAUAUAUAUUUAUUAUUAUUUUUUUAUAAUAAAUCUCUAUAUAUAUAUAUAUUUAAAAAGAAAAAUUAAUAAUAAAAAAAGUAAAAUUUUGCCAAGCAAAUAAAAAUAAAUACUAAUAAAAUUGCAGGCGUAAAUCCUAUUGUAACAAGACUUUUUGUAGGAAUGGCAUUUAAGAGUUGGUUAAAAUACAGUUAUUAGAUAUAAUAGAAACUAUUAUAAGAUGAUAUUAAACCAAGCGAUAUUUCAAGUGAAAGCGAUACCGAUGAUGAUUAUGAUGAAGAGAAAAAUUCUUUAUAUAAUUAUAGUUUUUUGGACAAUAAAAAAGAUGUUUUCAAAGAAUUUUAAAUGAGAAAAAAUGCAACUAGAAGUGAAAUUAUUAAAAGAGAACGUGCUUCAAAAUCAUGUGAAUAGAAAGUUUUUCCUAAUAUGUUAAAUUUAUAGAAUAGAGUUUAUGUUUUUUUACCUGAUGCUUAGAUUUAUAAAGAUUAAUUUUUGAACUUUUCUUAAGAUGAUUUAUAUUAUGAUAGGAAAAUCAAAGAAAUAUAAUAAAAAUAAACGGAAAGGUAAAAUUUAUAGGCUCCCCUUUUAAAAAUUGAAAAUACUUUUAAUAGUAUUAGUUAAAUUUUUAAUCAUAAUUCAACAGACAAAACAUAAAAAAAUAAUUUACCUAUUUCAUUUAUUAUGUAUAAUUAAAAUGAGAAAAAAUAAAGUAUAGAUAAAAUUGACAAUAUUUUAUAACAAAUUGAUUCCUUCAAUUAAUCUUCUAGUGAUAAAUAGAAUUAUGAGCAUAAUAUUUGUUGAAU